CUUCCUGCUCUGCUGGUUUGCCCUUCGCCUGUUUUUCCCAGGGGAGCCCUAUGGAGCCUUGGCUGGAGCUGCUCUCUUUCCAGGCUUUUCAAAGGGGGCUCCCCCCAGGGGCUGCCUUUGGCUAUGGCAAGGAGAGCCCUCAGGGGCUGCAGCAGAGGGAGUGCGCCAGGCUGGGAGGAAUUACUUAUCUUGACCAUGCAGGCACUGCUGUCUUUCCACAGAGUUUGCUGAAAGCCUUCACUGAUGACCUUAGUGAAAAUGUUUAUGGUAACCCUCACAGCAAGAACAUCAGUAGCAAACUGACAUAUGACACCAUUGAACAUGUUCGAUACAGGAUAUUACAGCACUUCAAUACAACUGUGGAAGACUACACUGUUAUUUUCACUUCAGGCAGCACAACUGCACUCAAGCUGGUUGCAGAGGCUUUUCCUUGGAUGCCUGAAACCUUACAGGAUCCCGGCAGCCGGUUUUGCUACCUCACUGAUAGCCACACGUCUGUGGUGGGCAUGAGAGGAAUUACUACUGCAAUGAAUGUCUUGUUCAUUCCAGUGAAACCAAAGGAAAUGUUGUCAGGGACAAAUGACAUGGUAGCAGAGGAGAAGAGCACUAGAACACCUCACCUCUUCUGUUUUCCUGCUCAGAGUAAUUUCUCAGGCACUAAAUAUCCCCUUGCCUGGAUACAAAAGAUAAAAUCUGGGGAACUGUGCCCCGUUAAGGUUCAGGGGAAAUGGUUUGUACUCUUGGAUGCAGCAUCUUAUGUUAGCACUGCUCCGUUAGACUUAAGUGUUCAUCAAGCAGACUUUGUACCAGUAUCAUUCUAUAAGAUAUUUGGGUUCCCCACUGGUUUAGGUGCCCUAAUAGUAAAGAAUGAAGUUGCUUCUUGCUUGAAAAAAACCUAUUUUGGAGGAGGAACCGCAGCUGCCUAUUUGGCAGAAGAGGAUUUCUAUUCACCAAGACAAUCCAUGGCUGAAAGGUUUGAGGAUGGUACAAUUUCUUUUCUUGAUAUUAUUGCACUGAAGCAUGGAUUUGAUGUCUUGGAAAGACUUACAGGUGGAAUGGAGAACAUAAAGCAACAUACAUUUGCUUUGGCUCACUACACCUAUACUGUCCUCUCUACCUUAAGAUAUGCUAAUGGGGCACCUGUUGUGCACAUAUACAGUGAUACGGAUUUCAGUAGCCCAGAUAUCCAGGGUCCAAUCAUUAAUUUUAAUGUAUUGGAUGAAAAUGGAGAGAUAAUCGGUUAUUCACAGGUAGACAAGUUGGCUGGGCUGUACAACAUCCACAUGCGCACUGGUUGUUUUUGUAAUACUGGCGCUUGUCAGCAGCAUUUGGGGAUCAGCUCUGAUGACAUCAAAAAGAACCUUCAGGCUGGUCAUGUGUGUGGAGAUGACAUUGAUGUAAUUGAUGGAUGUCCUACUGGCUCUGUGAGAAUCUCCUUUGGUUAUAUAUCCACAUUUGAAGAUGCACAAGCUUUUCUAAAAUUCAUUAUAGCCACCAGACUUGCUGGCUGCCAGAUGGUUAGAGUUACAUCUUCAAGAGAAAUCAUUUCAGGAUUUGUAGCAUCUCCCAAUGAGAAUGGCCACACUUGUGAUAACAGGACUAACAAGCUGCCUUGUGAAAGGAUCCCUGGAGAUUCUCUUUUUAGUGUCAAUUCUGCAUCAGAGGUUUUGCCAGUCAGUCUACAGCCUGCUAAGGGACAUCCAGAAAGGAGCAUGCCUGAAGUUUUGGAGAAUUCCAUAGAAGCACUGCCAAGUGGUAGAAGGCCAAUUAUUGUGACCAACAUUUAUCUCUACCCCAUCAAAUCAUGUGCUGCAUUUGAGGUUACACAGUGGCCUGUUGGCAAUCAAGGCUUGUUGUAUGACCGUAACUGGAUGGUUGCAAAUCAGAAUGGUGUUUGUAUUACUCAAAAGCAAGAGCCAAGAUUGUGCCUUGUACAACCACUGAUUAAUCUGGAACAAAAUGUAAUGAUCAUCAAGGCAGAAGGGAUGGAUCCUAUCUCGGUAUCCUUAGAAGAAAAGAGUGGAAGCCUAACUGAAGUCUGUCAGAGCAAAAUCUGCUCACACAGAGUACAGACAUAUGACUGUGGAAGAAUAGUGGCUGACUGGUUUUCUGAAUUUCUUGGCCGGCAAUGCCGUCUCAUCAGGCAGAAUACAGACUUCAAAAGAAAUGUUAAUAAGAAAGAUGAAAAGGGAGAAGCAUCUACUGUGGCUGCCUCACUCUCCUUAGUAAAUGAAGCACAAUACCUCCUGAUAAACAAAACAAGUGUUUUAACACUGAGAGAUCAUGUUGUUGAAAGGCUAGGUGAAUCACUUAUCCUGCAGGAACUCAUCCAUCGCUUCCGUGCAAAUAUUGUUAUCAGCACAAAUGAACCAUUUGAAGAAGACCUAUGGGAAGAGAUUACCAUUGGUUCCCUUCAUUACAAGGUUAUGGGUCCAUGUCACAGAUGUUUGGUUAUCUGCAUUGAUCAACAAACUGGAGAACGAAACAAGGAAUUUCUUCAGGGCCUUGCUGCAACUAGAGAUAGAAAGACUAACUUUGGAAUAUAUCUCAUGAAUCACCCAACAAAACAGUCCUCCCUUCCAGAUACCUUGUCAGUGGGAUCUCAGCUACUUGCAGUGAUGAAGGACAGUAUCAUAUCUUCAACAUCUGCAAAAGAACAAAAGUCAGGAUGACAUAUCAGCAUAUUGUUUCCACUUCACACAGUUCAUCUUGCACACCUGUAAACACUGAAAGCCUUGUGCAAUAUUUAAUAGUAAAAUAUUAAAUGUUAGUGAACAAUC